GCAAGAGCCGAGGUCACGUGAUGCUCGCCCCUUGGCUGCUCUCGCUGGGCGCCAAGGACGGCUGCUGCUGGUGCGACCCGGACACGCCCAAGGACGCGGAGGCAGUCACUGGCUCGGACGGCGACGAUUACACGCUCGUCUUCUCGGACGAGUUCAACGAUCCGAGUCGCUCGUUUGCAAACGGCGAGGAUCCCAAGUGGACGGCGCUCGAGGUGGGCGACACGUCCAACCUGGGCUCCGCCUUCUAUCUUCCCGAGCAAGCCACGGUGCUCGCCGACCAGAACGCCAGCGGCGUGGUCGCGCUCCGCAUCCUCACAGAGGAGAAGCCGCACACGGGUGACUCUCCGACGGGUGAGAAGAACAUCCACAUGCCGUACUCGUCGGCGAUGCUGCAGUCCUGGAACAAGUUUUGCUUCACGGGCGGCAUCGUCGAGUUCCGCGCCAAGCUGCCCGGCGGCGGCGGCUACUGGCCCGCGCUCUGGGCCUUUGGCAACCUCGGCCGCGCCGUGUACCAGGACUCAAACACGGGGCUGUGGCCGUGGUCGUACAGCGAGUGCGACCCGGACCUGAAGCUGCCGCCGACCGACCCGCCGCAGCGCAUCUCCGCAUGCCAGGACCACGACUUGCGCGAGGACGGCCUCCUCCCCUUCCAGGGCCGCGGCGCCACCGAGCUCGACGUGCUCGAGGGCGCCGUCACGAAUGCCGGCUCGGGAUCGUACGCCGUUGGCUCGGUGCAGCUCUCUCCGGGCGUGCCGGCGUACUUUCGGCCACCGCUCUUCGGCUUCCCCACCGCGGAGGGGCCUGGCGCUUGGUACCGCAAGCUCACCUUCGGCAAGCGCGGCAAGCCCAACAACGGCUGCCCUCGAGAAGACACGCAGUCGGCCGCGUUCCAACGCAUCGCCGCAAAGCACGGGACUCCCAGCCCUCGCUCUCAGUGCCUCACCGGCUGCCCUGACGCGCUCUCGGGCGGCAUCACCGAGAUCGACGACUUCCACUCGCGGUACUGGACCUACCGGAUGGAGUGGCGCACGGGGAGCGACGGCGGCGUCGCCUGGUACUACGACGACGAGUUCGUCUGGUCGAUGGAGGCCGCCUCCUUCGGCGAGUACAAGAUUUGCAACAGCAGCGCGCCGGGCGCGCCCUGCCUGCGCACGCCCAAGAGGCAGGUGCCAGCCGAGCCCAUGUCGCUCGUGAUGAACACGGCGAUCGGCACCUGGAACGGCGGGCCCACCGCCCUCGACGGAAAGCACUGGCCUGCCUCCCUCUGGGUCGACUACGUGCGCGUGUGGCAAAAGGAGGAGCACACCGGCUGCGACCCUCCCGACUACCCGACCGCAGCGUACAUCGAGAAGCACGCGGACUUGUACGGCGAGCCCGCCAAGCCGCUCGGGAGCGAGACGUGCCCGCCCGUCUACCCGGCCUCGGCCCACGAGCACGCCAAGGCCAUCCUGCACGCCGCCGACGGCAUCCGGUCCGAGUUCCACCUCAAGGACUCGCGGGUUGCCGCUGACAUGCAGGCGGCGGAGGCAAACGCGCAAAAGGCGCAGGCCGAGUACCGCGCCGCGUGGAAGGAGGAGGGUCUGGCAGCGUGA